GCGGCAGUUUUAUAUGAGCAACGACAGAUGCGAACCGAUUUUCUCGAGCGACCAGAGACGACUGAAUAUCGACGUCGUUAUGCGGGCCCCACUAGACUUCUUUCUAAGCAGAUGCAACAUGUACGCGCUAUUGUUAGUCUCAUUGUUGUUUCAAGUUUGUUUGGGAUUCACCGGACGAGGACUUUUUUAUCCUGGCAGAACGGAUUUGUUCGAGUUAUCGAUAAUUCAUUUAAAUGAUUUUCAUGCCAGAUUUGAACAGACAAACCUAUAUUCUGGACUCUGCCGAGAGGGUCACGAAGAGGAUUGCGUAGGAGGUAUUGCUAGAGUCUAUACUGCAGUUAAUCAGCUGGUAAAGGAACGGCCAAAUGCAAUUUUUCUGAAUGCUGGCGACCACUUUCAGGGAACUCUCUGGUACAAUAUUCAUCGUUGGAACGCUACUGCCUUAUUCAUGAACAUGUUGCCACACGAUGCUAUGACGAUUGGCAAUCAUGAAUUCGACAAUAAAAUUGAAGGCGUUGUUCCCUUUCUUAAAAAUGUCAAAGCCCCAGUUGUGGUAACAAAUAUCGAUGACAGCGAGGAGCCAUCUAUACAGGGUUUAUACAAGAAUAGUACAAUUAUCGAAAGAAACGGCACCAAGAUCGGAAUCAUUGGCGUCAUUUUAUCGACCACAAACUUACUCUCGAGUACGGAGAAAUUAAAGUUUUUGGAUGAGGUAGAGACAGUUAAUGACGAAGCUAAGCGACUGAAGGAAAAGGGAGUCAAUAUCAUUAUAGUUUUAAGUCAUUGUGGAUUGGAUGUGGACAGGAUCAUGGCUGCGAAAUGUCCUUUGAUCGAUGUAAUCGUCGGCGGUCACUCGCAUACGUUUCUUUAUAGUGGACCUCCGCCUUCUAUCGAUACACCAGCAGAUGAAUAUCCCGUAGUCGUGACGCAAAAUGAGACAAACAGAACAGUCCUUAUCGUUCAGGCAGCUGCUUUCACAAAAUAUUUAGGUAAUCUGACAGUGUGGUUCGAUGACCAGGGUGAGGUCGUCGAUUGGGAUGGAAACCCACUUCUUUUGGACUACUCUAUUGAAGAAGAUCCAAAAGUCUUGGAAGCUUUGAAGCCAUGGAAGAAGGAAGUGGAUGAAAUAGCCUUUAAACAGAUUGGCAGUACGCGAGUUUUACUUGAUAGCAAUUGUCGCUACAAGGAAUGUAAUUUGGGAAACUUUAUAACCGACGCUAUGGUGGAUGCGGUUGUCGAUGAUGCCGAAAAUAAAACUCAUUGGACGUACGCUGCAGUGGCCUGUUUGAAUUCAGGAGGAAUCCGUACUUCCCUUGAGAAGUCUGAUCUUACCUACGGUGAUUUGAUAAUGGUCCAGCCUUUUGAAAACACUUGGGACACUAUUGAACUAACGGGAGAAUCUAUUAAAAAAAUUCUAAAAAUGAACAUUCUAGCCUGGUCCGGAUUAAAAAUUACUUAUAAAAAGAAUAAUAAAACGCAUAGUGUGGUCAACGUCAAAAUCAGAUGUCAAGCUUGCGAGUAUCCGGUGUUUGAAGAUUUGGUGCACGAUCGGUGGUACAGAAUGGUGGUACCAAGUUUUUUGAUGAAUGGUGGAGAUGGCUAUAAUAUUUUUAAAGAUGAGAGUCGUAAUCAUAGAAUUGGGACGGUCGAUAUAGAUCAUUUUGUAAACUAUGUAGCAAAGAUGAGUCCUAUAUUUACUGGAACCGAGAGACGAAUAACAUUUGUAAAGUCAUAAAAAUAGUUUAGUAAUGUAUAUAGAUACGUUCUUUUAAUAAUAAAAUUAUUUUGCAAAAAUUUGCAAUAAAUAAUAUUGUACUUAAAAUAAAGUUAUUCUUAAUAAUU